GAGAAAGCAGAUUGUAAACCUUUUAGAUUUCGAAUACCAGAGACCAGAAGACACGCAAGGAUAGACCAACUGCUGAACAUAACGGGACGCCAGCACGGCCAAACAGCUGCGUCACGCAAAAACGCCGAGAACCAGACGAUGAAAAAAUUCAUCAAGGACAACGACCGGCUGACAUUCCACCGGCACCCGGUGGCGCAGAGCUCCGAAGGCAUCCGCGGCAAGGUGGGGCACGCGCGCGGCCUGCACGCCUGGCAGAUCCACUGGCCGGCGCGGCAGCGCGGCACGCACGCCGUGGUGGGCGUGGCCACGGCGCGCGCGCCGCUGCACGCCGUGGGCUACACGGCGCUGGUGGGCAGCGACGCCGAGUCCUGGGGCUGGGACCUGGGCCGCGGCCGCCUCUACCACGACGGCGACCACCGGCCCGGCGCCGCCUACCCGGCCGGCCUGGCCCCCGGCGAGGCCUUCGCCACGCCCGACUCGCUGCUGGUGCUGCUGGACAUGGACGCGGGCACGCUCAGCUUCGUGGCGGACGGCCGCUACCUGGGCGUGGCCUUCCGCGGCCUGCGGGGCCGGAAGCUGUACCCGGUGGUGAGCGCCGUCUGGGGCCACUGCGAGGUCACCAUGCGCUACAUCAACGGCCUGGACC